AUGGUUUAUGGAGAACAUCGUACCGCUCGUGCUCGACUUCGACAUGAUCCUGUGGAGUGUAAGAUUGACAAAUUGUCGGACGAGUUGCUUGUGGCCAUUCUUUCAUAUUUAUCCCUGAAGGAAGCAGCAACAACCUCCCUUAUCUCUCGUAGAUGGAGAUAUUUAUGGCAAUAUACAUCUGGUUGUCUUGAGUUUUAUGAUGUGGAUAAAAGGCCGGAGGCAGCACUCGAGAUUAUGAAAUUUUGUUGUAAUCUGAAAUCACUUAGCCUGUUCGGUGUCAAUGCCAAGGAGGAGAUCCUUGAGUUUUUUCUCUCCAAUUGUCCAUAUCUCGAGCAAGUCUGUGUUUCAGGUUCUGAAUGUUUACGGAAUUUGAAAGUUACUGGCCCACAUCCAAGUUUGAAGUCCAUGGAAAUAUCAUGGUGUCACAAUGUCAAGGGUCUAGAGAUUGAUGCUCCAAACCUAAUGUCUUUUAAAUACAUAGGACCUGAUAUACUUGUGCCUUUUCAGAAUGUUCCGCAGUUAUCUGAGCUAACAAUUGGAAGUCACUAUUGUUAUUCUUUUAUUUUUAAUGCUGACAAGCACACAAGCUAUUCCUCUAAGCUGAGGAAGCUUAAACUAAAGUAUAUCGAUGGUUUGCGUAUCGUCGAACGUGCAGCUCGGGAGGCUACUGAUGGUUUUGUUCACAAACGUCUAAAGGUGGUGAAGUUAAUUGGUUUUACAGGGUGUAGAAGUGAUUAUAAGCUUGCGUUGCAUUUGCUAGAAAUUGGACGAGGCUCUCUUAAGAAGAUUAUCCUACAGCCUACAAGUGACAGUCACGGCUUCAAGAUUAAGAGAGUGACAUUAAUCGAAAAGCGGAGCAAGCAGCUUGAAGCAAAGUUGCCUCCAGGGGCUAAACUGGUGAUGCUAUAG